AUGAAAGCUCUGUGGGAUGAAUUGAAUGCAAAGUCAAAUGAGAUGGCUAAGCAAGUUUCACGGGAUGAAAUGAGGAGUGGCGAAACGGCUGAGUUGAUUGACUAAUUAAACAAACCAGAGAAGCGGAAGAGCGGUAAAGAGACGUAGCAGAUACUCGAGAGAGAAAACAAGAAGUAGAAAAGCCAGGCUUUUGGAAGAAAUCACUUGAAGGUGUAAGGAAAAUUGUCCCUUUUACACCGAUUGUUUUCAAAAUAUGGAAUUUCUUGUGGUCAAUCACAAUGAAGAAAUGUUUGUUGCAAUUUGGAAGAAAUAUCCUUUCAUGAUUUUUUUCAAAGACCGCAAAUUCCACUUGUCACAUGUCCUACCGGCUCCUGCAACUUAUUUCUACAAAUAGCACUCGAAAUCAUGUGAUUGCGUGUAUAAAUGGAUUGCAAACUUUAUUUUGUUUCCUGGACAUUAGCUUGUCAUGUUACAUUUAUUUAUUGUGCUUUCAGAAAAGAGCUGGAAACAUGGCUCCAAGAAAAAAAUCAAAGCAUUUCCAUCCCUCUUUGUUUACCCAACAACUGCCAGUGGAACGCAGCAACUCGAGAAUAAAUCAAAACCGGAGGACAACGUACGUCAUUGUAUGUGGUGGCGGAAGCGCUGAAGAAGCUUAAGACUGUGAAAGGUAUGUUUUCUGUCCAUAUCUUCAUGUCAUCAGUUUUUACAUAACAAGUUUUAUUUUUUAUAUAUGUUCAAGCUCUUACUGGGCGCAAUGAGAACUGCACACAUGUAA